AUGGCCCAGCCAGCGCCAAAUAACUCCAUCUUUGACGGUCUCAACGAGUCCCAGCGCCGUGCUGUGACGUCAGCUGCAGAUACGGUUGCAAUUCUGGCAGGUCCGGGGAGCGGAAAGACACAAACCCUCACAGCCCGGGUGGUUUGGCUGAUCGACCAUGUGGGCUAUCAUCCACAAGAUAUUGUCGUAGCCACCUUCACUGUCAAGGCGGCCCGUGAGAUGAAAGAGCGCAUUGGGAAGUCUCUCGGUGACGGCAGAGAAACAAAAAUUAUUCUUGGCACUUUCCACAGCAUCGCCCGUCGAUAUCUUGCCGCGUAUGGCCGCCUCAUCGGGCUCAAUGAAAAGUUUGGCAUUGCUGAUGACUCAGACUCGCGCGCCAUCAUCGUUCGUAUCUGCAAGCGGCUACAAUUGCAGGUUGACCCUGCGCAUGCGCGCGCGUGGAUUAGCAAGAAGAAAGCCAAGGGAACAGAAAUGCCGUCCAGAGUAGUUAAGAAGGAGCCAAAAAAGACACCCCAGCUUGAGGAGCUCGAGACCUGCUAUCGGGAGUACCAGAAGCAUUUGGAGUCCUCCAACCUACUGGAUUACGACGACCUCCUGGUUCGCUGCGCUGAACUCCUCCGCAAGUUUCCCGCUUGCGUCUCUAACAUUCAAGCUGUGCUCGUCGACGAGUACCAGGACACCAACGGAAUCCAGUAUGAUCUGAUGAAGUUGUUCGCGCAACAACACCGAAGAAUAACCAUCGUCGGAGACCCAGACCAGAGCAUUUAUGGCUGGCGGUCAGCCGAGAUUGGGAACUUGUGGAAGUUGUUGCGUGAAUUCCGCGCUACUGAAGAAGUUUCUCUCGAGCAGAACUACCGCUCAUCAGAGUUCAUCCUCAAUCUAUCACUGCAGGUGAUCGAGCAGGACACAAAGCGUUACAAGAAGUCCUUGAAGCCCGUUCACAACAAGGGAACCCGACCGGUGUUACGGCGGCUGAUCAGUCCUGAUGCCGAAGCAGAUUGGAUCAUUUCUGAGAUUAGGAGGAUCAUCAUGAUGUCGGGUUCUAUGAUAACCCACAACGAUGUUGCAAUCCUCAUUCGCUCCGCUUACUUGUCAAGACACAUCGAGAGCUCUCUAGGAAAGGCGGGGAUCUCAUACAGGAUGGUCGGCGGCCUGAAAUUCUACGAGCGCGCCGAAAUCAAAACCAUCAUCGACUAUUUGCGCGUCAUCCAUCAGCCGGAAAACAACGAUGCACUCGCUCGUAUCUUGAAUGUUCCGCGCCGAGGAGUUGGGGAUAUUACAAUCAGGGGGCUUCUUGAAGAGGCAGAAACAUCUGGAAUGAGCGUCUGGAGAAGGAUCAGUCAAGUGGAUGGGCCAAACGACACUCCAAUCGGCCUUGUUCAGAUAAUCGAGCAGCUUCUUUCCUCUCUUGAUUUCCAGAGGCAUCUCCAGACCGUUCACCCAGAGGACCAUGAGCAACGGUGGGCAAACGUCCAGGAGUUCGUCGCUCUGGCAGGAGACUUUGUAAAGGAGCUCGAACUUAAAGGCGACGAAUCCCUUCCAGAGAUUGAAGGUAUUGAGCAAGCUAAAGAAGUUGACGUCCUUCCGCGCUUCCUGGCCAACGUGGCCCUGGCUACAGAUGCACAGACGGGAGACGACGAUCAAGACAGCAAGCCGCGGGUUACCAUAUCUACCAUUCACGCAGCAAAGGGUCUUGAGUGGCCUGUUGUCUUUGUUCCUGCCGUCUACGAUGGCUCUAUUCCCCACUCGCGAUCCGAUGAUAUCGAUGAGGAAAGAAGGCUACUCUACGUGGCCAUGACGAGAGCUCAGAGCUUGCUCUAUCUUAGCUACCCGGUCCGCCCCUCCAGCGAGGCUAACCAGAAUAACGAAAUGUCUCCUUUUGUCAGCUCAAUAAGCCGUUCAUUUGCCGAAAAAGGACCUUGUCUUGAUCGUCAUGUCAUGAAGGAAAUUGCCAAGGUCCUCGGGAGAGAGUUGCCCUCGGACGAAAAGAUAUUCGGGGCCUUGCCGCCCGGGUUUAGCACCGAGGACAAUCUUUUCCCUGUUGACCCUGAACAUGUGAGGGGCCUACAGUGGGACGGCCAGGGUGAUGUAUUCAAUGGGCCGCGGGCUAAACGGCCGAGAAUUCAUGGCCCUGGCAUGGGAAAGGCUGCUGAGGAAGAACGGCCUUGGCAGAAAGACUACCUAACAACGAUGGAGCAAGCAUCGAAAUUCACUAUAUCAAAUCUACCCGGUUUUAUCAGCGCAUCAGCUCAUCAAGCUGCUCUCGUGGCUGCAAACGCCGCGGCUGAAGCGAAGCGAAAGGAGGAGAGAGCCCAAAAGUUACGCCUGCCACAACAAAAAAGCAUCAUGGCCUUCGUUAAGACCGGAUCUGAGCCUGCUCCUCCCCCAGCCGCUUUGGCUUCAGCAGGGCAGACAGCACCAGCAGGCAACGCGUUCUCCAAAAAGUCUUCACCUGGAUUCCAGCAGCUUGUGGCAAAACAGCCCCAGCCUGUCAUCCAGCCGGACCUUGCCAGCCACAAGCUGGGCCCCAAGAAGAUGCCCACUCGUCCUACCGUUGGUCACUCUACCAACGAUGGCUCCAAGGGGAAAGCCUAUCCUUGCUUCUCCAGCUCGCCGCCGCGGCCGGACUCAGAGCAGAAUGGCAAUGGCAUAUCAGAGGCGGCCGACGACGAUGAAGACGAUGGGCCACCACCCCAGCCAACGCGAGCAGCCGCUUGUCUGCACGCGACGACGUGCACAACCGUGCCCAAGGGGCUCGGCAGUAGUGUGUUUAGGAGACCUGCUGGCCUAGGAAGGGAUAGUAUCACGCCGAUUGAGAAGUUGAAGAAGCCGUUUAAACCAUUGACGAUUAAUAAACCUGGGCGAGGUGGUAAAAUGUAA